CUCCUCGCCUCCGUCUGGUGUCCAGUCGUUCGCCCGAGCCCACGGCACCGUUCUCAUCGCCUCCAUCUACGAAACCAAUUCAUCGGACUCCCGUUCCACUGUUCAAACCCUCCAAACAGUCGCUUGACUUGACCAGACACGAUUUCCCAAGAAAGCUGAUGCGGAAUAUCCUCACCCGGUACCGAUACCCCGCACUCACCUUCUUCGCAUCCGCAUCCUCCGCAUCACGCACUCGCGCUCUUCCUCUCAUCACCACCACCACCACCACCACCACCAACAACAACCUCACCAAGAUUGAUAAACACCCACGCACCUUCAAAAUGACCAUCCACAAAACCCAAGAACCGCACAUCACAGCCAUCACGGAGCUCUCCCCGCAAUCCUCCAAAUGGAUCACCCUGCAACAGAUCCACUACGUCGACCAAACCGGCAAGCCGCGCCUCUGGGAAGUCGCCGCGCGCAAGACGCGUUCGACGCCGACUGCCUCUUCUGCGGGGGGCAUCGACGCAGUCGCCAUGUGUAACAUCCUGCUGCACCCUCGCCGCCCGCCCUCGACGAUUCUGGUAAUCCAAUACCGCCCGCCUAUGGACGCUUACACGGUUGAGUGGCCUGCGGGGCUAAUCGACCAGGGCGAAACGCCCGAGCAGGCGGCCGUUCGCGAGUUCAAGGAGGAAACGGGGUAUGAUUGUGUGGUGAAGGGUGUGAGUCCCAUCCAGGCGGCGGAUCCGGGACUGAGUAAUACCAAUAUGGUGAUGGCUACGGUGGAGGUGAAUCUCAAGGAAGAAGACGAGGACCCGUUGGAGGGGAAACUGCCGGAGCAGAAGACGGAGGUGGGGGAACAUAUUGAGCGGGUGGUGGUGCCCAUGGCGGAACUGUAUGAGCGGUUGGUGGAGUAUAGUAAGAAGGAGAGACAUGUGGUGGCGGCGAAACUGUUUCAUUUUGCGAUGGGGAUGCAUUUUGCGACGACGGAGAGGUAUGGGGUUUUUGGCAAGAGGGAGUAGGCGGGUGAUGUGAGGCUGUAGGGGCAAGGUAAAGAGGCGUGUAUGAUGACUGUGAUGUGGUGUUUACCAAGACAUUUGAUAGACGGUCAGGGGCUGCGACUAGAGUAGAGAGAUUGAGUGAUGACUGUGUACGACUUGAGAAUGUCAUUGUUUGUCGUCUUUGAUGUUGCAAACGGCCCGUCCCGUUGAGAUGAAUAAUGUCAGCCUUGCUCAGUUGAGAUCGAUACCACAAACAAAGAACACAAAGCCAAGCAUAUUAGGCAAUUAAAGAU